AUGACUCCCACUGCGAGCCGUGCUGCCCUUAAGCUGUUGAACAGUGUCUGCAAACUCAGCCCACAGAAAAAGUCAAUCCACGAGAGUCGGAGGCUUUUUGGAGGCUACCGGAUAACACCAAAAUUUUGCAAUGCCACCAGGUCUCUGCUGAAGCGGGACUCCGAACGGAGAGGUCCCACAAUCUGCAUGUUCAACCACGAGUGUUUUCAGCGACAAGGAGAAGUGGUGGGAGCCUGUAUGGAUGGGUUCCUGUUUGGAACCUGUUGCGAACUUCCACUCACCACUGACGUCGCGAUUGUGACGGAUUCAUUGAUGGAACAAUUCUACUCGGAUGUAACUGAAAGCACUCCCCAGUCGCCCCUCACAUCUGCCAUUGCCAGUCAGUACGAAAAAUUUGGCAGUCAGCUGACAGGUGCUGAGACGGGCUAUGGUCAGAUUGCUUACGAACCCAUCAAAUUGGAAGAAACUCCGCCCAAAGAACAGAACGUCAGUAUGAGCGUUCCUAGUGCAGCAACAAGUAAAAAACCGCCAUUUAAUAAAUUACACAACAACUACCUCACAAAUGAAGAUUUGGACGAAGAUAUUGUCUUGAAUAGCCUCAAUACGCACAAAUACGAGAUGUCUAACGAUGCGGUUUCGGUGUUCUCCCCAUCGACAUCCAACAUAAAAUCGGAGGAAAUUGAAAUCGCCACUACAAUUACUCCACCUCCGCCGAGUUUGACAGAUGCAAAUAAUUACGUGAAAGUGGAAACCAAUGAGCAGAGCAAUGUUUACAGCUCGGAAAUACCAUCUUCGUUGAACGCUUACAACGAUCACUUAUCGGACGCGAACACAGGACCCGCCGCAUCCGUCGAAACGAGUACAGACUUCACCUCAACAGGCGUUCAGAUAAUCGCCAACCAAAUCUAUCAGGAAAAUCAACUGUUUGAUCAUAGUGAUAUCACCCACCCGGAAGCCGAAACAGUUCUCAUUAACGAGAACGGCACAGUGGACAUAAGUUAUGCGAAUCCAAGCGAUUUCGCUAACGACGAAGUCGCAACAGAGGUGCAAACCACAGAAAAACCAAUAAAAGUGACCCACCCAAAACCCCAGUUCAAACCUAAACCUAAGCCAACCCAAGGAACCGAACCAAACAAAUACGUACUUGUACAUACUUUUUCAACUGACUCCAAAGAUAACGAAAACCAAACUACGAAACCAACUGUCUCAAUGCACAACAUUCACUCGAUCGAAUCGAUCAUACUGAUGUUGAAUGAAACUAACCUUGGACCACAGUACGAAACAGGUACCGAAUCUGAUACCAAAAUUGAUAACGUAACCGAAACCCAGACAACCUACGAGACCACAUCCGAAGAGACCUUUGCUACAGCUUCCAUCGAUUACGAUAAAUAUGGACCAACCAGUUUCUACAUAACAAAGCCGCAAAAAACGAGCCCUCCAAGUACCUCACUGUCCACCAAGUUCCCUUCGACCAGUUACGUGUACAGUCCAAAGCCUACGCGACGGCCCAUUCUAGAACCGGUCGUUGUCCAAGCUACCCUUCUGACGAGCGGAUACGGAACGACAGCUGGACCUCAACCAGAACCACCAGCUAUCUCCGUAUCGACGUCUCGUCCACCACCAACCAAACUUGUUGUCACAGCUGGUCCACAAAAACGACCCAUCAUCAUCACCAGUGAAACAGAUCAAACCGCAUCGUCUGGUUACUACACCAUAUCAACUAGUGCACCUUCAGGACCUGUUGCAGUAUCUUCAGUUCAGCCAACAAAGAAAAUAACUACACCUCCAACGAAACGACCAUCAUCAUCUACAAUCAAGCUUCCCGAGUACAUCGUACAAUCGUCCACCUUAUCCCAUCAAACUCCUUCCACUAUAGCCAACGUAAACUACGUCCACAUUUCCAGUGCCUCAGAUAAUCCGUCCCCAACCGUACACAUAACACCGAAACCGGUUCCAGGGCUGGUGACUUCCAGUACGUGGAACAACAAACUGACAAGCCCAGCUAAUAACCAACGACCGGGCUACUACGAUAACACCCCACCCCCUAUGUACGUAUCAUCACUAGCUGACUUCGAGGACGAAGGCUACUUCGGAAUCACCAAACGACCGGUUGGUGGACCAAGCAUUUCAUCAACCGCUGUCUACACAUUCGUAGAUAACAGCAACGUGCUCAGUAACUUUGCCACCUCCACAUACUCUCCCUAUGGACCAACGCCCGCCUAUUCAACGAUGAACCGCAUACCAGCAAACCCGCCACCGAGCCAAAUCUACAUCGCGGCACCCGUCGAAACCACUACGCUGAAAACCGAACUCUACACCACACCAGAUGACAUCAGCAACUUCCCACCGGUCCGAAAUCCAAAUCUUAACCUAACCGAUUCCACCAUGAUGACCAAUAUGACGAAAAUUGAGAACUCUGGAAACAAGGACGACGAUAAAGUAAACUUUUUAGUGAAUAAGAUUGUCGAGUCUUUCAACGGUAACUUCGAAGAAUUGGAAGCUAUUCUCAAGGAAAGGAAAAAUCUUACAACAGCUGCACCAACAAGCACCACUACGGAGAAAAGCAAGGUGACGACUAGCAAACCGAAGAAGAAGAAGAAACGACCAAGCAAAAAGCCAUCAAACGGAACAACAACAGCGACGUCGAAUAAGAAACCGACUACUGUCAAACCAACUGUGAUCGAACAGGAUUCAGUCCCGCAGACUACAGUGAAACCAUCACCAAAGCCAUCAAAGAAACCAACCAAAACAAAACGACCGAGCAACUCGACAAAGCCUGCUACUUCAUCUUCGGGCUCGAAACCAGUGGCAACAACAUCCCUAACCAACCCAACCAAGCCGGCAAAACCAUCUAGCACGAAACCGAAGCCAUCAAGCACACGGCCCAAACCUGGCAGUUCCAGCGGUUCCAAACCUUCGGCAGACGAGCGGCCAACGACGAAACCAUCUGUCACCACGAAGAAACCGAACCGGACAUCAACCUCGAAGAAGCCCUCCAAACGACCGACCAGCCGGCCGACGCUAGCCGACACGGACCCAGUGACGGUAAUUACGACCCGCAAACCGACCAAGGCGACAAAGCGUACCACAAAGCGACCGACGACGACUACGACCACGACGACUAGCACCACGACGACACCGGUCCCGGAGGACGAAAUCAUCGACGAAGAGGAGGAGAACGCCGUGGAGGAAGAAGAGCAGGAAGAGGAGGACGUCGGGGAGGAAACCAACGAGACGAUCGAGGGACAGGCGCAGGGGACAAGGAAAAUACUUUGCGGUCAAAGGCCAUUGAUGAAGAGCGCUCGUGUUGUCGGAGGAAAGGCUGCCAAGUUCGGUGAGUGGCCCUGGCAGGUGCUGGUACGGGAAUCAACGUGGCUCGGACUGUUCACCAAGAACAAGUGCGGCGGCGUGCUAAUCACGAACGAUUACGUCAUUACGGCUGCCCAUUGUCAGCCAGGCUUCCUCGCAUCACUGGUGGCGGUGUUUGGAGAGUUCGACAUCUCGAGCGACCUCGAAACGAAACGAUCUGUCACGAAGAACGUCAAGCGAGUAAUUGUGCACCGGCAGUACGAUGCGGCCACCUUCGAGAACGAUCUUGCCAUACUGGAACUGGAGAGUCCUAUUCACUACGAUGUACAUAUAGUGCCAGUUUGCAUGCCAUCAGACGAAGCGGACUUCACCGGCCGAAUGGCAACCGUCACCGGAUGGGGACGGUUAACGUACGGUGGCGGAGUACCCUCAGUGUUACAGGAAGUUCAAGUCCCAGUGAUAGAGAACAGUGUCUGCCAGGAGAUGUUCCACAUGGCCGGACACAACAAGAAGAUCCUGCCGUCGUUCGUUUGUGCUGGCUACGCGAACGGCAAGCGAGAUUCCUGCGAGGGCGACAGCGGCGGUCCAUUGGUGCUGCAGCGGGCCGACGGACGCUACGAACUGGUCGGCACGGUGUCCCACGGGAUCCGAUGUGCAGCUCCGUACCUACCGGGAGUGUACAUGCGAACGACAUUCUACAAACCCUGGCUGCGAAGUGUCACCAAUGUGAAGUAAGCGAGAUGGAAAUGAGAAAAGCUGGCCCUCCUGCAACCCUUUCUCCUCUUCCUGCAUAACAACACAACAACAACAACAAAUGGUGGUUAAUUAGUUUGUACUGGCGUGGGUGCGCAUUUUGGAGUGGCUUGAUGUGAGCGUGUGUGUGACAAUUUUCGAAGGAACGGGAUGAAUGUGCGUGGAAAACUCUGAUCGAGCGAGUGAAUCUCUAGCAAAAUUUCGUAGGUAGUUACAUUUUAGGGAACAAAUUGCAAUAAUUUAUCUAGCGAAUAGAUGGAUGUGAUUUGGAGUCAUUGUUAAGAUUAAUUUAUUGUUGUUGAUAGUUAUUAAAAUAUUUAUUUUUAGCUGGUAAGUGGACAGAACAAAAAACAUCUAACGAACAGUAGGAUGAAGU